CUCGCCACGCCCGCCUGCUCAACCCGCCCAUCCAGCAUGCAGUGCGCGCAGACGUCCACAGUGCCUCAGUUGUGUUCUGACCAGCUGCCGGUUCGUGUGGGCUACAGAAAGGUGCUGCUUGCUGGAAAUAGCAAAAUUCGGUGUGACGUCUUCCCCUCCACGUCAAUUUUUGCUGUACUUCUACACAAUGCGGAUCUCUUGGCAGUAGAUUAUUAAACGAAAUGGAGACACGCGACGGAAGGAAGCUCCUACGUACCAUGUCCUUCAUAUCCUCCAGAGCUAAAGCCUUACGGCAGCGUUUCGUGCCCACUCAGAGGUCCAUGUCAGACACUUGGCAAGACCAUCACACACAAGGAUACAUGGAAGAUGAUCCCCGUCUGCCAUCACCCGACCUGGGAGGCUCAAUGUUGUCUCUCUUAAACGAACAGAUGAUUUCAUGGGAAAAUGACACGGACGCCAACACUGGCUCUGUGUUUCGUGCCCAGCGCUCAAGGUCACUGGACUCUCUUGGGUCGGUUCCCGUAACGGCUUCAUCCUCUAUCAGUCCGCCGACAACGCUUCAGUUUCAUAGAAGAAUAUCAACCAGUACGCAAGAUACAAUUAACAUGAAGAUACCUCGUCCGACUGUAUCUGGGCUCCUCAUUGCUGAUCUUGCAGAUUCCGUUUCUCCAUCUUACCCCACAUCACCUAUUCCAAAAAUUCCCGGACCACCACCUUCUCCAUUAAGAAAGUCAGCUCCAACAACUCCCAGACCGGUAGAUUCAUUUACUCCUCAUGUUUCGAUGCCUUUCAUACCGAAAAUCCCUGGUCCGCCCAUAUCACCUAAACCAUCCCGUCCUUCCUCACCGCCUUCCUCAAAAUUUGGGGAUAUAAGCACAAUAAAACCCAAAGUCACGGCACAUCGCGUCUCCUCUAAUCUUAUAUGUCCAUCUACACAGAAUUACAGUGAUUCAUAUUACUCUGAAUCAAGAACAGCCCAAUCCCUCCCAGUCUCACCAAAAUAUUCGUGUCCGACGCCAAAACUUCUCGAUGUAUCAUUCUUUGAUUCGCAGAUAAUACCAAGAAUUCCCGCUCCACCACCAUCACCAAAACUCUUUCUUCCUCCUGGAGCUUUCUCGCAAGCUGUACGGUCAAGUUCUCCCAAACCACAAGAUCAAAUACAUCUUCUGGAUGACUGCUCAACGGGAUCAUCCAAAGAACCAACGCCAGCGUUAUCAUCCGAACUAUCUCCUCGAUCAGCAACUCCAUCAACUACCACAACAACCAGCAAACCUCAAUUUGAUUCUACAAUAGGCGAUUCGGAAUCAUUUGAUCAUGAAGAAAACCGCGAUACCAUAACUGAAGUUUCGUUGCCCGCUCGGCCAACGAUGUUUGAUCUUCGACCCCGUCCGAAACUGAAACAUCAGUGGUCAAUGGAUGAAACGAGAACUCUUUCUUCUAUCGCUGGAUGUACGAGACAAACCAGUGAAGUUGUUGGUUCUAACUCAUGUGCAUUGAAACCGGCUGAGAAGAGAAGACGAUUCUUCAUGAGAAAGCAGACCAAUUCGGCUCCGGAUUCAUUUGACGGGGCGCUGCCCGUGCCGCCUCCCAAACACAAGGAGCACCACUCUGUGAGCUUCUGUCUUGGAAAUGUGCGUCGAUGUCGGGGUUCAGAUAGCUCCUUCCUGCCUCCAGCUCUUCCUACUAUACAAUUAGAACCCGAGCUGGGAGUCGAACACUUGCCCGACUUGCGCUAUCCCGACGGGGACCCACCUUGCCACUUCUGUUGUCAACAAACCAGCACAUCCAUUCACGAUGAAAACAGACUCAAAAUUGUCAGUGGAGGUUUGGUUCGAAGUCGUGACGGCAGCCGUGAUGACACGGGGACACACUUUAUGAACCUUCCUUCACCAAACGUCCAAAGUGAGGGUGAUCAAGAGACGGUGUUCCACAGGCAUUCGGAAGAGGAGACAGACGUCCGUCAACAAAGAGGGAAGGAAGAUGGUGAUCUUGAAGAACCGGCGCCUCCAGCAUCAGCCCUGACUCGACGUCGUGCGCUGGUACCCCCAAAACUAUUAACGGAGUGUGCCGAUGAAAGGAAGUUGUCUGGGAGCUCCAACAGCAACUCCUCGCAUGCGCGUCGCAGUUCAAUUGUGGUGAUCCCACCGAUGCAGAUCUGUCCUGGUGAUCUUCUCGUCUAUAGCAAAGUACUCACACACCGGAACAAUCUUCUAGAUUUGGAUGGUUCCAGCACCAGUCUAGCGGUAUCAGAUACAGUAUGUUUCUGUCUCUUUCCAGAUGGGGUCAAUUCCAGAAAGGGAAAGAACACGUGGUCGUUAUUAAGACUUUUCGAGAGAUCGAACCGCGGGAAAGUCGGGAGUCUUUGCGGCUUGGAAGAAGUCCUCAGUUGCAUGCAGCGCAUUGACUUCGAUGACGAGCAACUGUCACGUUAUCGUGGGAUGUGCUGGACUGAAUUUGUCGCCCAUGUGGAGAAGAAGAAUAGUGGUGCUGGCAGUAGUAGCAGCAGCAGUAGCGAUUCCAGUUUGGUGUCCAGCCCAGAACCACCCCCUCGACCGGUGUCUCCACCACCUGUCGUGACAACACCGCGACGGCGUCUGAGAGGUGCUCUGGUGAGAGCCCAAAGUGAAAGGUGCUUUGAGAGGAGACUUACUGGUGCAAGGGCUAUGUGGCGAGGGUUAGACAGGACGUUGCCUACGAAACCUAGCCCUCUGGUGACAACCCUCAGUGAAAAGGACCUUCUGGUGUCACCAGGUUCAACGACCAGCAGAGCAGAAAGUAAGCGGAGGGAAGCUGUAUGGGAUCUUUUCCAGAGCGAAUGUGCUUUCUUGUACGAUCACCUGAUGGUACUAAAAAAUGUAUUCAUGGAACCACUUAAGAAGAUUCAAGUAGAGGGAUUUGCAAUGUUUGCUGAACCAGAAUUGCUCUUUGGCAAUUUGGAUGAACUCUGUUGUGUAACAUAUGCAUUCUGUAAGGAAUUUAUCAGUCUUUUACUCGAAAAUGUUGGCGCAGGAGGUGAACUGCCAACUAUAGAUGUCUUAGUCAAAUUAUUCCAGAAGAGUUCCGAAGCUGGCUCUGUGUCUCAGGCAUAUCACUGCUAUGCUCUCAAUUACAUCAAUGCAUUGAAUUAUCUGGAAACACUGAGAAGGCAUGUGGAAUUCUGUGAAUUUGAGAAGUGGUGCAGCAGAGACCCACGCUGCAAGAAACUACAACUCACAGACUUGCUUGUAGCUCCAGUACAGCACAUCAUGAAAGUGCCACUUAUCCUCAAAGAAGUAGAAACACGGACUGAGGACAGCGCAGAAAGGGAACAGAUAACGCAAAUUCUAGAAGUUGAAGAGAAUUCAAUAAGAGAGCUGGAUGACAAAAUGAAAUGGCUCAAGAAUUUUGAACGUCUUUUAGAAAUACAGAGGAACAUCGUUUGGCCCUCUGUAUUUGAAUUAGAUCCAAAGAUAUAUGUUCCUGAAUUUUUAAAGCCAGCUCUCACAAGGCAGCCAUGUGAUCGAAUUAUAGUGAGUCCUAGAAGACAGAUAAUCAUAGAAGGUCCACUUCAAAUCUGGGAUACAGGAAAGCCACAAGAAAUGUUUGUUGUGUUGUUUGAUGACAUGCUCCUAAUUACACGAAGAAAAAAAGGGCUAUCCAAAAAGAAAUCCUCAUUGUCAGAGAACUGGGCAAGUUCCUGCAGUCGUGGCUCAUCGGCAUCAAGCGAGUCUUCCAUGCGAUAUGUUGUGUACAAGCAACCACUCUCCUUAGACCGCUUUUUUAUCCACGAUGUUACCAUUCCUGAAAGUGCAUCAUGUCGCCUUGAAGCCGCCUUCGUACUAGUCAGCCUCAAUCGGUUCCAGCAAGUUGUAACAAUCCACACUUUCCAAGCGCCUUCAGAUCAGUCGAAGCAAACAUGGCUUCUUAAGUUACGAGACACUCAGGACAAGUGGAAGAGGACAUUGCAGAACACUGUAUUCCGUUCACCACGACCUUCUACGUGUAGCAUCAGUCGCAAGUCCACUACUUGACCUGACAAGGAAAACAGCGAGACUAGAGGAAAGACACGGCGUGCCUCUAGCCAAGAAUCAGGAUAAGAUGCAUUGGAUAGACAUGUAAAAUGCAUUCAGGUUGUACAAAUCUUGGCGUAAGUUUAAAUAAUAUUUUUAAUGUAUUUGUAAGUCACAUGUGUUUCUAAAAGAGUUGUGGUAUAUUGUUGAAGUCUCUUCAGAUUUGUGUUACACUGUUUUAUGUGAAAGCACAAGGUGUUGAAAAGAAGAUAUCAAGGCACCAUAUUUUUCAAAUGCUAUAAGAAGAUAGUUAUAAAGUUAAUUUUUCUGUCAACAUUUACAUGAAGAACAAGUGUACAAAAUUUCUUGGUGUAAUGCUGGAUAAAAGAAGAAAAGUCUACAUAAUUGCGUUACAUAUAUUUGAUUAUUAUUGAUGUAUGAAGGGUCUUCACGAAAAUUUCAUCAUAUUGAAAGUUUAGGUUUCAAUAUAUGGAAGGAUAUAAAAGAUACCAAGAAGGAUGUCACUUUUUUUUUUGUAUUUAUGUAUUAUGACCAAUUAUAAGUGAAUAACACAGAGUUAUCAGUGUGAAGAAAUUUACAGAUGUAAUAUAGAUUCAGAUAUGUUAAUGUUUUUAUGUGUUGUAUUUUAUUGUAUUCAUAUCUGUGUAAUAGUUUUGAUUUGUAUCCUAUAAGCCCAGGUCAGAAUUGGAUGCAAUAACUUUAACAUAACAGCUUCUUUAGAUCACUUUACUUUAUAACUUCCUAUAUUGAAACAUGCCAUAUAAGAAUUGAGCAAUAAAUAUUAAAAUAAUCUGAAUAUUUCAGACACUUUUGUACUUCUGAAAUAUUCAGUGUAGGUUUUACAACUGUGAAAUUUCUAGUACCAUAUUCAACAGUUAACUGCCAAAAUAAAUUUAUGAAUUUCUGGAAUCCAUAAAUUAUUGUUUAUGCAAGUUAUUUUUAAUUUUCAACACUAUAAAAAUUUAUAUUUUAAUUACUUCCCCCCAAAAUAUUUAUAAUGUGCAGAUUUUAAAUUCAUACAGCUGUAGUUUCUAACAAAAUUUUCCAAGAUAUGAGUCCCAAACUCUCAUUUAUAUUGUGAGGCCAACUGUAAUUAUAAUUUCCACAUACAGAUUAAAGUCCCUCCUUUUGGGGAUCAGAAAAGAUUUGCUUCAAAAAAAAAAAGGGAAAUAAAAGUGGUCCCUGUGUUUAACUGAAUAAGCUCUAUGCCAUGAAGACG